AAAAAGGGUUCUGAAAAAAUCUGUUUUUAUUUUUUUAUUUUUUGGAUUUAAUUUUGAAAUAUGGAUUGGGUUCGAGGCGAGAAACUGGGUCACGGUAGUUUCGCGACGGUGAGUUUGGCGGCGCCGACAAACCAGAGUUCUGGUUUACCUCCGUUAAUGGCGGCGAAGUCGUGUGGUUUUUCUCACUCUUCAUCUCUCGCGAACGAAAAAUUAAUACUGGAUGAUCUCCAAAACUGCCCGGAGAUCAUCCGGUGUUUCGGAGAGAGAAUUUCUUACGAGAACGGCGAGCAAUUGUACAAUAUCCUGCUGGAAUACGCCUCCGGCGGUUCCCUGGCGGACAAGCUCAAGAGCUCCGGCGGUUCACGGUUGCCGGAAUCCGAAGUCCGGCGGUACACUAAAGCUCUGCUCAGAGGGGUGAACUACAUUCACGAAGUUGGAUACGUCCACUGCGAUAUCAAGCUUCAGAACAUUCUCUUGGGCGAAAACGGCGCCGUAAAAAUAGCGGAUUUCGGGUUGGCGAAGCGGGUCUUCGGAGGAGGGGAAUAUUCCGGCUGCGAAUUGAGGGGCACGCCGAUGUACAUGUCGCCGGAGAUGGUCGCCGGAGGCGAUCAGGGCCCCGCGGUGGAUAUUUGGGCGGUGGGUUGUGCGGUGGUGGAGAUGUUAUCCGGCGCUCCGGCGUGGCGGUGCUCCGACGUGGCGAGUUUGCUGAUGAAGAUCGGCGUCGGCGGAGAAGUGCCGGAGAUUCCCGGAGAUUUAUCGGACGAAGGAAAAGAUUUUCUCGGGAGAUGUUUUAUUAAAGAUCCACUUAAAAGAUGGACGGCUGAGAUGCUCUUAGAUCAUCCAUUCAUCGACGGUCAGGAUUUCGUGAUUUCGGCGGUGAAGGAGAACACAACCUCUCCAAGGAGCCCAUUUGAUUUCUCGGAUUGGGUGUCAUCUGUUGGAUGUUCAAUUACCUCUUUGCCCCCGCCGGAAUAUUCCGCCGGAUCUGUUUCGCCGGCGGAGAGGCUGCGGCAGCUAGUUAGCUAUCAAAGCCCUGAUUGGUCUGUUUCGGUUGAUUGGGUCACCGUUAGGUGAAGGAAGUAAUACUUUGGUCAAUUUUGAUCACUAGAGAAACUUUUUUUUUUUAAUUUUAAUUUAGGGAUUGAAAUUUGUUAGACCCAUAAUGUAGACUGUACAUAUGAAGAAGAAAAAGAUGAAUCUAUUGACAAUUAUUUCCAU